AUGAAGUUCUCCAAGUCGACCGCGACUUUACUGUCGCUGGUCACCAGCACCGCGGCAACGAACACGACAUGUCGGCCCAAGAUUGACUCGGAAAAGCUCCAAGCUGAUCUCACCACUGAGAACUUGAUGGCCAACCUGGAAGCUCUCAACGAAAUCGCCUUCGCCAACGGUGGAAACCGCGCCUUCGGUCUCCCGGGUUAUGCCGCAUCGGUCGACUACGUGUGGGAUCGCAUCUCCGCAAUCCCAGCCACGAGGGCAUGGAAACAAGACUUUCCUGCCACCUUUGGUCAGGUCACCUCGAUCGACUUCAACAUUGAUGGCGAGUCGAUUUACGUCUUUGGCUUGACAUACUCUCCCUCCACGAGCGCAGAAGGUAUCACAGCAGAAAUUGUUCUUGGUCCCGAUGGCGCCGCCGCCUGCGAUGCUGCCAACUACGAGGGUUUGAAUGUCCAGGACAAGAUCGUGCUCGUGCAGAGAUUCAGAUGCCCUACUGGCGGCACUCUUGCUGGAAGAGUCCGCCCUGCUGCUGCCGCUGGCGCCGCUGCUGUCAUUGUCUAUCACGACAUUACCACCAAUGCGACGGCUGGAUCUCUUAGUGCCCCCGAUCCCGAGGGCUUUGUGCCGGCCGGUUUCAUCAAUCUCGCGGACGGGUUGAAGAUCAAGGAGCGCCUGGAUGCUGGCGAAACUGUUGAGGCACACUUCCAGCAAACUCAAAUCGUUGAGGAGCGUAUCACCCAGAAUAUCUUCGUUGAGACCGAAGAAGGUGACCCACACAAUGUUAUCAUGCUCGGGGCUCACUUGGACAGUGUCCAAGCCGGACCAGGCAUCAACGAUGAUGGCUCUGGUACCAGCUUGCUUCUCGAGCUCUUCCUUGCCAUGACGCAGUACCGAACGAAGAACAAGGUCCGCUUCGCCUGGUGGGGUGCUGAGGAAAAUGGCCUCCUCGGAUCCAAGUUUUACUGCUCCAACCUGCCCGCGUCCGACGUCGAUGACCUUCUUGUCUACCUGAACUUCGACAUGGUGGCCAAGGGCUUCUUUGGUGUGGCCGAUACUGACGGAAGCACCCACGGAAGCGCCGGUCCCGCCGGAUCGGAUGUUGUCGAGCACAUCUACGAGGCGUACUACCAGAGCCAAGGUCUCGAGGUCACACCAGCCGUCUUGACCAACGGAAGUGAUUAUGCCUCUUUCUGGCAGAUUCUCGGCAAGCCGUUUGGAUUUUUGCACACAGGUACCGCGGUCGCUCAGGAUCCAUGCUAUCACCAGGCGUGUGACACUAUUGAGAAUCCUGACCCCAACACCAUUACUAUCAAUGCGAGGGCUGCUGCUCACAUGCUUACGGUUUUGUCAUUGAACGGAACAUCACUUAUCCCCAAGACCCCGGUCAACGCAACGAUGCUCACCCAUCUGCAAUCGAGAAGCCUUGAGCCCGAUAUGAUCCAGAUUGAAGAGUUGGAGGCUCUAGGGGAGAGGCAUCUUGGAUGUGGACAUGAUGUUUAG